GCGCCCGGCGCCGUCCAGGCCUCGUCCCGCUCCCGCCCGCUUCCGGGGCUGCUUGGCCGGGGCGCUGCUGGGCGACUGCCUGGGCGCCGUCUUCGAGGGCAGGAGCGUGGUGAAGCUGCCCGAUUUGCUGCGCUUUCUCCGCGGCCUGGAGCCGCCGGGCGGUGAGGGGGAGCCGACCGGGAGCGCCCGCGGAGAAACGCUUUCCUACACGGAUGACACGGCCAUGAGCAGAUCUGUGGUGCAGUCACUGCUGGCCAAGCGAGAGUUUGACGAAGUUGACAUGGCCAAGAGGUUUGCUGAGGAGUACAAGAAGGAACCCAACAGGGGCUAUGGGAUGGCUGUUGUCAAUGUCUUUAAGAAGCUGCUGAGCCCCAAGUGCAGUGAUGUGUUUGAGCCAGCAAGAGCUCAAUUUAACGGGAAGGGCUCCUAUGGAAAUGGUGGUGCCAUGAGGGUGGCAGGCAUUCCGCUCACCUAUUCUGAUGUUCAGGAUGUUAAGAAGUUUGCGAAGCUCAGUGCUGAGUUAACCCAUGCCAACUCCUUGGGCUACAACGGGGCCAUCCUGCAGGCCUUGGCAGUGCAUCUCGCCUUGCAGGGAGAGAUCAGCAAGGAGACCUUCCUUGAGCAGCUCAUUACCCACAUGGAAGACGUAGAGGCAGAUGAUAAGUCUCUUACUGAUGCCCGAGCGCUGGGGUUUGAGGACUUACCAUUUUCAAGGCGUCUGAAGAAAAUAAAGGAAUUUUUGGAGCUCAGCAGUGUUCCCAAAGCGGAUGUAUUGUUUGAAUUAGGCAAUGGCAUCGCUGCUUUGAGGUCUGUCCCCACUGCCAUUUACUCCUUCCUGCGCUGUAUGGAAGCUGACCCAGAUAUUCCUGAACACUACAACAGCCUGCAGAGGACCAUCAUCUACUCUAUCUCUCUGGGGGGAGAUACAGACACCAUUGCUACCAUGGCAGGAGCCAUUGCAGGGGCUUAUUAUGGGGAAGAACAGAUACCCCCAAGCUGGGAGCAGAGCUGUGAAGCUUUUCAAGAGACACAGAAGCUGGCGAAUAGCUUGCAUGAAUUGUACUGCCAGCGGCUCUGAGCCCUGAAGGGACUGUGUGUGUCUGGAAUGUAAAGUAGGUGGUCACCUCUGCUUUUCUGGUCGUAAAGUUGGUGGUGGAUCCGUGCCAUCUGCAGCUGCCAGUGAGCCUCCAUCUAGGAGACACCUGCUGCUGUGAGCUGAGAGGUGGAAGCACGAGCUGGGGUUGAAGAGAUGGGACAUAGCCCAGUUUUGCUGGGAAGUGGCUGCUUAUGGUGCCUUGGACAGCGGGGGGCAUCUUUGAAGUACAAGAGCAUCAAGUUUUCAUAAGAUUUCUGCUGCUUGCUUUGUCCCACCCUUAUGUAAUUAUGUCAUUUUGUCAUUGCUAGGUGGUGUCUGAGCCCACAGACUUAUUUGCUAUUUUCCUCUACUGCAGCAUCCAUCAUUUCUCUUCUAGCAACCUGUCCAGCAGUGGCUUUCAUGGGGUGCACAUCCCUCUUAAAACACUGGUUCAUUCUCAACUGACAAUUGAAAGGAUGUGGGUGGGAGCCUUCAGAGAAGCACUGCAUGGGAGAGCCUGGAGGAUAUCCUGCUUUGGGGGACAGGUUGCCACCUUCACUGCAGAGUGGGGACGCUGCAGAGCAGACCUCACAGGGAGAUUCACUUCAUUAAAGGCAGAAUGAGAAGUGCCUGAGAUUGGAGAAGGGAUUUCUUUGCAUUGCUGGUGGCAUUUGAAGAAAUGCCUUCGGUGCAUGCGUGCAGAAUCCCAGUAGGGUAAUUGUUACUGCUGGGAGAAUCAUGGACUCAUAGAAUGGUUUGGGUUGGAAGAGACCUUUAGAUCAUGUAGUUCCAACCCCCUCCUUUAGGCAGGGACUACAAGAAGGCUUAACUAAUUGCUGUCCCUGUGGUGUCCUUUGCUCUGCAAUCUGCCCAUUGCUGUCCUAACUGAUUGCAUGUUGUGUUCUGUUAGAUAUCUGGCUCACAUUUCUGCAUCUACUCCAGCCAUUGCUUUAGUUCCUAAUCCUCAUAUUCUGCAUUUUUAAUUCUGUCCUGUGAAUGUCCAGAGCACCAAGUGAGAUUGCUGUUUAAAUCCAUGGGUGGAGAUAAAUCGUGAAAUGUGUUAAGCAAGGAUUGAAUUCUUGGUUCCGCUGCAGUCAGUGCCAAGAAUGGCUUCAGUUGGAAGCAGGAGUUAUUUCUCAUAGCUUUCAAACUCUGGACUCUGUGAGAACCAUCUGAAAAUAAAGGGAAAGGUUGAAAGAAGAUGAAAAGAAUGUUGGGACUUGAAGCUGGUACUGCUGGGUAAGAAUAUUCUAGCGCAGCUGCGUUGUUCCAGAGUGUAAAAUCUGAAACUUUUGCCCAAGGGAGCUGGUCAGAAGAGGAAUAAUAGCUUGUGUAUGGCACGACUGAAAAGGGUUACAAGCUUCUAAUAAUUAAAACCAAAAGGGAAGAGGCAAGCAGUCGUCAUAUGGAAGUGUUUGUAAAUGUGAAUGUGGCAAUGUAACUCUGUAUUCUCUCUCUCAAAUUUCUUGUGACACUGGGACGUGAACGUUGUGCACACAUGGAGUUCACUCCCUUUUGGUAACAGCACGUGGCUGCUGUGUGUUUCAGGCUGCAUGCACGUGUGGAAAAUCUGGUUGGGCAGGGUCAUUCCAGUCCUUCCUGCCUCUGCUUCCUUCAAGUGCCAGUCUUCUGCGUGAUGCUUUAAUGGGUUUUACUUGUUUAAAUGCGUAUCUUGUUCUGAGAUCGUGUGGAAUGUUGGUCUUUUGUAUAUUUGUGUACUGUGCUGCAGAUCUGUGGUGUAAAAUGUCAGAUUUUUCACCUUUUCCUGCCAGAGAUGUCAACGUAUCCACAGAGUUAUUUUAAAAAGAAAAAAAAAAAAAAGACGUUUUCCUGUUAAAGGAGCUUGAGAAUUUUAAAGCGUUUGGAACUCGUGAAGUUUCCUGUUUAAAAAAAUACAGCUCAUUUUAGGCCAGAAUUGAAACCCAUCCUGAAACAUUCUGCUCUGCCCCACAGCUGUGGUCACCUCUGUCCCGAGCCCACGGCUCUGGGGGGCGAGGAGCACAAAGGCACAGCCGACCCCCACUUUGUACAAUACGUUUUAUUGAUGGUUUGUCAAUACAAUCAAGUACUGCAGUUUUAGUUCUGAAGAGAAGGCCAGUUUCUGAUCACAAAAAGAGUGCAUUUUCAACCAACUUUUACUAUGCCAGACAGUGCAUGUAAUAAGUAUUUACAAAACUAAAAACCUCUAUAUACUAGGUUAGAAAUGGAGAUACGAGAGGCAAAUUAAAAAAAAAAAAAAAAAAGAAUUUUGUAUAUAAAAAUGCACAUUGUAAUGCAGUUUUCAUCAUUAAAAAUAGACGUACUUCAUCCAA